GUCACGAUCAUGAUGAGAAUUGAUGAUCGGACACGCUGAUUUCAUUGUCUGAGGCGGCAGUGACGACCCACGAAAAAUCUCUCGGAAUCCGACUGCUCUGGCCCUGGUCUCAUCUUGGAUCCUCUUAUCUCUUCAGUGACCGCACCACGCCCGAGAUGAAUCUGCGUUCUGUAUUUACUGUAGAACAACAAAGGAUUUUACAGCGUUAUUAUGAAAAUGGAAUGACAAAUCAAAGUAAAAAUUGCUUUCAGCUCAUAUUACAGUGUGCACAAGAGACUAAGCUGGACUUCAGUGUAGUCAGGACGUGGGUUGGCAAUAAGCGGAGAAAAAUGAGUAGUAAGAACUCUGAAUCAGGAACAGCAGGAACUGCUUCUGGUACUUCAUUGGCAGCUCCAGAUAUUACAAUCAGAAAUGUGGUUAAUAUUGCCCGGCCUUCAAGCCAGCAAUCUUCUUGGACUUCUGCUAGUAAUGAUGUCAUUGUAACUGGUAUAUAUAGUCCAGCAAGCUCAUCAAGUAAGCAAGGGACAGCAAAGCAUACAAAUACACAGAUUACCGAAGCACAUAAAAUUCCUAUUCAGAAACCAGCCAGUAAAAAUGACACUGAGUUUCAAUUGCACACUCCUGUUCAAAGACAUGUAGCACACUGUAAAAAUGCUUCUGUGCUCCUAGGGGAAAAGACAAUUAUUUUGUCAAGACAGACAAGCGUAUUAAAUGCUAGAAACUCAGUGUACAAUUCCACGAAGAAAAGCUAUGGAAGCUCUCCUCUGCAAGCUUCUGAAAUGACAGUACCUCAAAAGCCAUCUGGGUGCCACCGACCUUGCAAAAUUGAACCAGCUGCGAUUCAAAGGUCAUAUAAAGCUGAACAUGCAAGUCUGGCAUCACAUAACUUAUGUGCUCAAAAGCCAACCCUAAGAGACCCUUACUGUAGAACACAGAACUUGGAAAUUCGUGAGGUGUUUUCAUUGGCAGUCAGUGAUUACCCUCAGAGAAUUCUGGGAGGAAAUACCACACAGAAGCCUGGCUCAGCAGAAGGAAAUUAUUUGUCCAUUGCAAUGGAGACUGGAGAUGCAGAGGAUGAAUAUGCCAGAGAAGAAGAACUGGCAUCAAUGGGAGCACAGAUAACAAGCUACUCAAGGUUUUAUGAAAGUGGCAAUUCCCUUCGAGCUGAGAACCAAAGUACAACUUUGCCUGGACCAGGAAGAAACCUGCCAAAUUCACAAAUGGUGAAUAUUAGAGAUUUGUCAGACAAUGUACUGUAUCAAAAUAGAGACUACCAUGUAACACCACGGACCUCAUUACACACAGCAUCUAGUACUAUGUACAGUAAUACUAAUCCAUCACGGAGUAAUUUUUCACCACAUUUUGUAUCAUCAAACCAAUUGAGGUUAUCACAAAACCAAAACAAUUACCAGAUUUCAGGAAACCUUACUGUGCCUUGGAUUACAGGGUGUUCUAGGAAAAGAGCACUACAGGACCGCACUCAGUUCAGUGAUCGAGACUUGGCUACCCUUAAGAAGUACUGGGACAAUGGUAUGACCAGCCUUGGCUCUGUAUGUAGAGAGAAGAUUGAAGCUGUUGCAACUGAAUUAAAUGUCGACUGUGAAAUAGUUCGGACUUGGAUUGGGAAUCGAAGAAGAAAAUACCGUUUAAUGGGAAUUGAAGUUCCACCUCCAAGAGGAGGCCCUGCUGAUUUCUCUGAGCAGCCUGAGUCUGGUUCUUUGUCUGCACUCACACCAGGAGAGGAAGCUGGGCCUGAAGUAGGAGAGGAUAAUGACAGAAAUGAUGAAGUGUCCAUCUGUUUGUCCGAAGCAAGCUCUCAAGAGGAGCCCAGUGAAGUUAUCCCAAAUGAGACCAGGGCGCAUAAGGAUGAAGAGCACCAGGCAGUAUCCGCAGAUAAUGUGAAAAUAGAAAUUAUUGAUGAUGAAGAAAGUGACAUGAUAAGCAAUUCUGAAGUAGAACAAGUAAAUUCUCUCCUGGAUUAUAAGAAUGAAGAAGUCAGGUUCAUUGAAAAUGAGCUCGAGAUUCAAAAGCAAAAGUACUUUAAGCUCCAGACUUUUGUUAGAAACCUGAUUCUGGCUAUGAAAGCUGAUGAUAAGGAACAACAGCAGGCACUGCUGUCAGAUUUACCUCCUGAAUUAGAAGAGAUGGAUUUCAGUCACGCCUCACCAGACCCUGAUGAUACCUCAUUCAGUGUGUCUUCUUUAUCAGAGAAAAAUGCCUCAGACAGUUUGUGAUUGGUGGUGGGGAAUAUGAUGUAGUGUGUUCAUUGCCUAACAGGUGUGCAUUUCAAGAUAACUGUAUUUUGUUUCCCCAAUAGUCUUCAACUGGAAAAACACAUUGUUAAAACAGACAUAUUCUGUGAAGGAAUGACAAGAUAUAACGGCUACAAAAAAAAAGCAUGUAAAAAUACUUGAAAUGUUUUUUAAAUUAUAUAAAAUCCUAGAAAACUUAUAUUUAAUUUUGACCAACUCAGCUAUGAAAUCUACUAUAUCUGAUUUCUGAAAUGUUUUUUGCUUAUUCUCUAAGAAGAAUCUUUGUUGUAGUUUUAUCCAGAAACAUAAAAAUAAGCAUAUUUCAGCAUUACUGAGUCUUAAAGCUUGAUUAGUCUUAUUUUUGUAGCUAUUACAUCUUUCUUCCUAUUUCAUUUUGUUAUCAUUCGUAUGCAUUUUUACUCAGGAAAGUGGGCUAAAAAUUAAAAACAAACCUAAACAUAGAUUUAAGCUGGAUGAAUCCUGGGAUUUAUUUUUCAACUCCUAUGAGAAUUUAAUGAUUGGGAAUUGAAAUAAUUACUAAGAUGUAGUUGUACAUUGUUGGUAUUCUAAUGUCUAACCCUGACACUGGGGUGAGGGGAAAAUCUUCUGGAAAGUCAAUUCACCAGUAAAAAGUCAAAACAUUUAAGUAUACAAAAAUAGUACUUUAUAAAAGACAGUUUUAAUCUCAAUUCUUAUAUAUUGCAAGUGAUAGGUAUUGAUGACUCACAUUAUACUAUAUAGUACAAUUAUAUAAUUC